CAUACCAUAUCUUACCAUGUGAUACCACCACAAAAUAUACAUUACUAAUGAGUCGACUCGUGAAUCGAUUUAUUAAAUAACGAGUCGAGUGUCGAACAAGUUUUUACAGAUUCGAACGUAGAAUUGCUCGUGAGCGGUUUGGCUCCUACCACUAGGGAAGUCGAAGUUUGUCCGGAAACCGGAAAUCCUUAUCCUAAUUAGAAAAGUAAAAUCCCUACGGUGUUGUCUGUUUCUUAGAGUCACCGUCAGGCGCUAAUAGAGGCGAUAAACAAAAUCGGAAACAGAGUGAAACCAUAUCAACGCAUACGCAAUCUAUCUAUCUGCUGCCAUGAAAAGAAAGCAAACGACCGGUCCUCCCGAGAUUUUGUCGCCGGAACUGAAGCGGAAACCGACGGCUGCUGCUGCCCACGCACCCAAUUUCUCCUCCUUACCGAAACACCUCGUCGACGGCAUCUUAUUCAAACUGCCGGCGAGGUCUCUGUUCCGCUUCAGGCUCUUGUCCCGCUACCAUCUCAACCUAAUUCAAUCCCCUGACUUCAUCGGCGCCCACGCCCGCGAUUCCUGCCUCAAUCGCGCCGGCCUUCUCGUCCUCGCCGAUUCCCAAUCCGGGAGAGCGGCCUCAUUCUUACCACCGGAGAUACAGGGGAAGACGAAAGAUGGGGUUUUGAUUUCGAACUUCUCCUUCCCCUUCCCCUUCCUCGAGGGUUACGGCGGAGGGGAGUCCUUGUUCAGCUACGCCGGAUCCUUCAACGGUUUGGUCUGUUUGAUCGUCCGUCGACGGGGAGAGUACUGGGUCCUGUGGAACCCGGCCACCUCCCAUUUCAGCUUCGCUCCUCCGCCGAUCUUCUUUCAGGAACACUGCAUCUGCAACCUUCGCUACCGCCGUCGCCCCUGCGUCGUCGUUGCUGGAUUCGGGUACGAUUCGGAGGCCGACGAUUACAAGUCGGUUAGGGUUUUGUGUUGGGAGAAUGCGAUUCAGGUUGAGGUUCUAACUUGGGCUAAACGGUACUGGACAAAAAUCCAUGACGACGAGAGCUUUUACAACGACAUCGUUCUUACUUCUCCUGGACCUCCCAGCUUUCCCGAUUCCCCUGUUUCGACCGAGGGCAGAGUGUACUGGAUGGAGACUAGUUCUGGUAUGGUGCUUUCCUUCAGACUACGCGAGGUGAAUUUGGAGUGGAUUUCGAUUCCAGAUGCUGCUGAUAGAGCACAUUCACCUUCAUUGCCUGUUAACAGGACAAUUUGUGCCUGGAAAGGAUCACUUGCCAUGCUUGUACAGCAUUUGCAGGAGCCAUUGCUUAGUGUCUGGUUGUACGAUGAAGGAGAAUCAUCUUGGUCUGGUUUAGUUUCCAUUCCUACGCAUGGCCUCCCUCGCCGAGUGGAGGCUAUAUGGGGUGUCGAUGUCGAAAGCUUAUUGGCGAUAUACGUCGAUUGCAUUGCCUGUGAUUCCAGGGGAUGCGGAUUUAAGCUGCUUCCAUUUGAUGUUAUUGGUAGAGCAUUCGAGUUUGCCCCGACCUUGCUUCCCAUACCUGGAUGCAGUUGAAGAAGGUGCUGGCUUGUAAUAGUUAUGCAGACUGCUUCUCUCAUGUAAGAUUUGAUUUAGCUGACCAGGUGUGGAACAAUCAACUACUGCAAUGCAAUUACUUCAAAGUUUAAACAACUAGAAUGUGUUCAUCAACAUAGAGAUGUCAAGUAUGGUCUAUCAUUUUCCUCUAGACGGACCGGACGGGAAUGAGUACUCUCAUCGAUCCAAUUUGCCUUGACCCACUCUAUUCUCGACCCGUUAUCAGCUAAAUUACAUGUAAUCUUAGUCAAAUUAUUUAUGAUUUUUCUUCUAUUACAUCAUAUUUUAGCUAUAUCAAAGUUGUAAAUUAGACAAAACCUCAAUUUCUCCAAUAAUUUAACUACAUUUUA